ACUUCCUCCGCGCCCCCUCCCCUUCUAGAGCCCUCACGUCUCUCUCCCUCUGCGGCUCUGGCCACGCCCCGUGCCUUCGACGUCACAAUGCGAUGACGUUCGCCUUGCGGAAGGAGUCUAUAUAAAGCACCUGCGGGUUUCGCUUUGCUCUCAAACAUUCCCUUCUAAACGACACAGAAAAAGCGAAGGUCAUUCUCGAUAGGGCGAAAUGUUUCGUGCCGAGAAGAGUUGCUGUUUUGCAAAGCCUACCGUCCGGCCGCUUAUUCGCGUUUAUGCCGCGGUUACAUGUUGGAGCGAGUUUAUUACAGGCUAAAAAUCCACAGAUUUAAAAUGCCUCCAUGUAUCAUGACCAGCCAGUUCACCUCACCCUUUGAACCCCAAAAUAUUAUCCUCAACAGUUGUUAUUCCUUUGGACCUGGAAUGACAAAAACUCUACCUCUUGAACCAGUCAGCUCCAUCCCUGCUGGCACGUUUCCAAUCCUUCGACAUAUGUUCAAGCUCACCAUGGUCUGGUUGCGAAGAUUUUUACACUUUUGCCAGCCUUUCCCUACAAACCUGGUGAAGACUGUGUUGAUGGGCAUUGCCAAAAGAGCAUUGCCCAUCUUAGAGAAGAUGAAAUAUUUAAAGAAGGCCGGAGAACUUAAAAGAAAUGAAAACCACCCUGAGAAGAUAUUGGGGGAAGACAGCUUUCAAGCACACAGUUCUCUGAAGAGUAAUACAAACUAUCUUUCAGAGGGAAGUUUGGUUAUAGAUGACUCUUUUGGAGAAGACAUUGAACAAAUUUUGAUCGAUUCAAGCAGCAUUACAGUGAAUAACAUGCAUUUGGAAGAGGAAGGGAUUUCUGAGCUGUGUUUAAUAAGUCCUACGAUAGUAUUUGAUUUGAGAAAUAAUUGGCAAGCUUCUUCAGGAAAGGACAUAGAAUGUGUGACUAUAAAAAGUUCUGAGCAUGUCUCCCCUAAAUUGUUGGAAGAUACUUACAAUCCUGAAAUCUUUAUAGAAGAGUUGGACCUCUGUGGAUGUUUGGAAAAUACUUUUGACUGCUUAAAUCCUAAUGGACAAUUAAAUUUUAAUACAGGCCUUGAUGAGAUUUUGGAAACCACCUUAGUUCCCCAGGAACUGGAGACGAACAUGAAAUCUAACCGGGAUCCGCCAAUAUGUGGAAAACAAAGCUUAACAUGUUCACUUGGUUCUUCAAAGGAUGAGGAACAACCAGAAAUGAAGCAAAAGAGUGGGAAGAAUGAAGAUACAUAUAACAUGGAAUCCCCUGCCAAUCCCAGUAGCUUCCAAAGUUCUCUGGUACUUUCCUUAUUCUACAGUCCAUUAGAAGAUGAAGAAGAUGACAAUGAUGACAGUUCAGAAGAUUGGUGGAGUGAGGAUGAGAUGGAAGACAGUAGUAAGACCCAAACUUGCUCUGAUGGUAAUAAUUCAGGAGACCUAGAGAAUUAUCAGGAAGCAGAAGAGGAGGACUCUGUACAGAAGAUUGUUUUUGAGAAUCCCUGUGGAUCUCUAUCCCUGAACAGUGAUCCCUUCCACCCACUUUGCCUUUCCAAACCCAUUCAGGCCCUCACAGAUGUCACCACUGCUUCACUGAAGCCCCAAAACCAUCAAGAAACUAUUGUCUCUUCUUAUCAGACAAGAAACAGUUCUAAACUUGAAGAAUCGUAUCAUCUCCCAAAGCAGUCAUUGCCCAGAGAGGACCAAAAAGUUGAAAGAAAUCAGGAGACCUACCUAUGCUGCCAACCAAGUCCCAGGAAAAACACUUCUCCUCUCCCUGCAGAAAUAGUUUCACAGCAGGAAAUCCAGGUGAAAAAGAAGGUCCGAUUCUCCCCAGUGGUCACUGUCCACUCACUAGUAGUCUGGGACUACGCUUCUCGGGCUGCCCGUCGGGGCCCAUGGGAGGAAAUGGCUCGUGAUCGCUGCCGCUUCCACCGAAGAAUCACUCAAAUGGCGGCCAUCUUGGAGCCUUGCUUGGCAGAAGAUCAUCGGGACAAAGUUUGGAAGAGGGUCCAUGGGGUUUCCACGUUUUCUGGAAGAAGCCGCUGACAACAUUCCCCUCGGUUCCACCAGAAAAGAGGAAAAGAGUUAGGAAUGAAAAGCCUUUUAGAUAAAAAAAAUAUAUAGUUGAUGUGCACAUAGAAGUUGAGGAUUCUGGUCUGUGUUUUCCAUCACUAAAAGAAGAACGUUGCUUUUGCUCGUCUUCUGUUUGGUGUUUUAUAGUGUGGUGUGAACUAGAAGCUCAUUGUUCAUAAGUUUGAAGCAAUUUCAAACUGGUGACUCUGGGGAUAUAGUGUAGUAGGAUUGAGUCUGAGCCAAAACAUUAUGGAUGAGAUAAAAAUAUGUUGACUUUAUGAAGGAGUAACAUGAGUGAAAAUAUCAAGGCUUUUUUUUCUGAAUAAAUAUAAUCCUAGGUUAUUACUACUAUUACCUCCUCUGAAAAGUCAUGAAACGUGGCUGUUUUAAUGAAUAUAUGUGAAAAAUAAUUGCUUUUAAAUAUAAUAUUAAGUUCUAUAUUGCAGUUCCAUUUGACAGGCAUUACUUGGGCUCCAUCGUAUGUGGUAUCUUUCUGAAUCUUUUGGAUCACAAGCCCCAUGAUUCCCAGUCAACCUUACUUGCUAUGGAACUGGGAUUUGGAGUUGGUCCCUCUGGAGUUAUCAGAGAGGCAACUUGAAGGUUAUUGGGGAAAAACUAUAGCUAAACAUACAGUUGAAAAGGCCAACCAAGGCUGGCUCAGAUUUCUUCACCUCUGUGGUCUGAUUUCAUGGCUAAGCUUUUUCAUAUGUACCAAUCAGAGGACCAGAAUUGGAUCCAAAAUUUGACAAUUUACAGUUUGUAUAUUGGGAGGAAUUGGUUUGCUUGUUUGUUUAUUUGCAAAAUCUCUGCUAGCUUGUAUAUGUUUUUAAUUGAAGAAUUUUUUUGAAAGACCUAUAUUAAUUGAUAUUAAAUUACUCUUUUAAAAUCCCUGGUUAUGUCUUAACUGUACCAUAAUUGAUUAUUAAAUUGUAAUAAUUAUA